AUGAAAAUAAAGAAGUUGCGGAAAGUGUCAAACGCUCCUAUUUUGAUUUCAGAGCAGUAUGAUUAAAAAGCGCUCCUCUUUAGUGUUAGAAACAGCAAUAAGGAUUAUAUACAUAUGAGAAACUACAAAGUUAUUGGUGAAGAAUUAAAUGUGAAAUGUAGAGAUUUCUGCAAACUUUACAAGCCUGAGACAUUCAUCACAUUCGAUCCUAAACUGGUCAAUGUCAUUAAUAUGAAAAAGAAAUAUCAGAUUAUAAAAAAACUAUAAAAUAUCAAACCUGGUCAUUUAAUCGGUAUAUUUAGGCUCGAUAAAUAUCACUAUUUACUAAUGUCUGAAACUAAUGCUGAAGUAGUGAUCUACAAUAUAAAGACUUAUGAAAUUGUUUAAACAAUAAGGAAAUAUGAAGUAGAUAAGACAUCUAAGCCCAUCUAAUAAUAUUUAUGUUGCUUUGGAAUUAUGCAAGGACUAAAGACUAUCUCUAUUUAGUAGCUCGAUUGGAUGAAAAAUGCAGGAAUAGGAUAAUGA